GUUGGUCCGGAGGCUGCGUGCGCGCAGUGUCUCAGUUUGAUUAAUCUUUCGCGCGGGAAGAGUUGCCUGCUGCCUAUAAAAAAUAUAAUAGUAUUGAACCCAAUUACUUUUUAAUAACUGUAUUUAAUAUUAAAAAUUAUUUAAAGACAACGUGAUGACGACAUUAUUAAGAAAAAUGUGGAGAAGCCAUUCUAAACACAAAAAAUUGUGUGAAGAAUGGGCAUUAGCGGAGUGCGAAGGGGAGGGAUGGUGGCGUGAGGCACGGGAGACGAGCGGGCGUAGUGAAGACGUGAGGUACGCUGGCGUGGCGCCAGUGGAGCGAGCCGCUUCCGCUCCCGCUACUGCACUCGCUGUACGAUCCGCUUUGAACUCUGCUAAAACUCUGAACAAGAAACUACAAAAGGUCAACCUUGAUAUCAGUGCCAAAGGAAUCAUAGUAAGCGAUGCUGACUCUCAGGAAAAUGUACUCAGCGUUUCGAUUUACAGAAUUUCAUACUGUUCAGCGGACGCGGCUAACGCGCGGGUAUUCGCUGUGGUCGAAGGCAAGAGCGGUAGCGGAUCAAGUGAAUCACACGUAGUACACGUGUUCGUGUGUGCGAGGCGGAAACAAGCGAGAGCGCUUGCUCUGUCUCUGGCACACGCUUUUAAUGAUGCCUAUCAGGAAUGGCAAGCUAAUCAGGGCAGCUCUUUACAAUCCACCGGCAAAGAUACACCUUGGGUUCGAUUCCCUGAUGAGUCUGAUGAAGAAACAGAUAGCGAGCACUGUGAGUCUCCCGCUCCGCUUGUCACUUUCACCUGAUCUUAUAUUUAGUGAUAUGCAAUUUAUGAUGUAGUUGCGCGAUCACACACCUUUUGGUUUUUAUACGGUGUUACCAGGUCUAUAUUGUAU